AAUGAAAGUAUACAGAGGAGAGAAGGUUCUAGUGGAUGGUGUAGGACUGAAACCUGCAGUAGUCCUGGUUCAAGGUGGGAAGGUUGUUGGAGUACAUGAUAUUGAUCACCCCCUGGAGAAGGACUGGAAGGUGGUGGAUACUGGGAGUAAGGUUCUCAUGCCUGGAGUGGUGGACAGCCAUGUUCAUAUCAACGAACCAGGACGGACGGAUUGGGAAGGGUUUACAACAGCAACCCGUGCUGCAGCUGCUGGUGGAGUAACAACCCUGGUAGAUAUGCCUCUCAACAGUAUUCCACCGACAACAACCAUCAACAACCUCAAAACUAAAGUGUCUGCUGCAGCAGGACAGUGUUGGGUUGAUGUUGGAUUCUGGGGAGGAGUUAUUCCUGGUAACUCAGGGAACCUCAAGGAGAUGGUUCAUGUUGGAGUUCCAGGCUUCAAGUGUUUCCUGAUACACUCUGGUGUGGAUGAAUUCCCUGCUGUAACGGAGGAGGAUCUUCUCCUAGCCCUUGCUCAGCUCAAGGGAACAGGAGCUUCACUUCUCUUUCAUUCAGAGUCAGAGACGGGUUCUGAGGAACAAACUGGAGAUCCGAACAAUUACUCGACUUUCCUGCUUUCAAGACCAGAAGAGAUGGAGCUUAAAGCAAUCAAUCUAAUCAUUGAACUAGCUAGGAAGACCAGAGUUCCUUGCCAUAUUGUUCAUCUCUCAGCAGCAUCUGCUCUCCCCGCCAUCAGAAAAGCUCGUAAAGAAGGAAUUCCUCUCACUGUUGAGACCUGCCAUCAUUAUCUAAACCUAAACUCAGAAACCAUUCCUAACAAUGCAACUCAGUUUAAGUGCUGUCCUCCUAUUCGCGAGAAGAGUAACCAAGAUCAACUCUGGGAAGCUUUAGUUCAGGGAGACAUAGAUAUGGUGGUUUCCGACCAUUCCCCCUGUACUCCAGAUCUUAAACUACCUGGAGAGAAGGAUUUCAUGAACUCCUGGGGAGGGAUAUCUUCUCUUCAGUUCGGAUUAUCCCUUCUCUGGACUGGAUCUAGAACGAGACAGUUCAGUCUCCAGGAUAUCAAUAGAUUACUCUCCCUAGCACCAGCUAAACUUGCAGGUUCAACAGUUUUAAAUAUUUCUUCAGUAAAACUUUAUAUCACGCACCUCUGUCCCAUAAGUAAAAGUAAAUUUAACAUAUAUAAAUCAUAAAGUCUGACCGCGUCA